GUCAAGGACGCAUGCGAUCAUUUCGUGACCUUUAUGAAACCUAGGAUAUUUAAUCAAUUAUCAUAAAAUUUAAUGUGACAUACAUCUAAAAUGAAUAACCAGGGUAUAUUUAUGAAGUUUAGGAACAUUUUGAGACAAUCGGCGGCUCAAUCUGACGGCAACUUAGCCUUGAAAACAGCUGUCAAAAAUUGGAAAAAUUAUCAUGGAACAAAAUGGGAGCAUGCCAAAAAUAUUUUCAGUGAAAAGUUAAGGAUUUUGAGUAAACAACUUGCAGAUCAAUGCAAUUUCAUAGCCUGUCACAGGUUAAGAAGGACUGCACAAAUAUUUAAUUUAUACAGUAGGAUUUAUGAUGAAAGGACAAUAAAAUAUGUCAUUGAAAAAUUUGGUCACACGUUCUUGCGGAAUGGCAAGACAAAACCAAUUUAUAUGCUGUUCGGGGCAUCCAUAUUUCAGUGGGAUCAGAAGUCAAUAACAGAUUCUGAAAUAGAAAGUGUUACAGAAGACAUGAACCAUGUGACACAUCUCAAAGACCGUUCAGCAGACGCACAUUACAUGGACUCGUGGGAGAGUCUCAUAGACAGACCUCAUCUGAAGGCAUGGAGGAAGGCCAUCCCUGAAACAUGUCUCUAUGAAUACAAGAUCUAUGGCACAUACAAUGAUGUCCCAGCCAGGGCUUUCUAUGAUGUAAAUUUGGACCUGGAGUUCAGGAAACACUGGGACAAUCUAGUGAUCAAGUUAGAGUGUAUAGAGGAGGACAGGAAGAGUGGACAAGAAGUCAUACAUUGGGUGGUGCAUUACCCUUAUCCAAUGUACAGCAGAGAGUAUGUAUAUGUGAGAAGGCGGAAUAUUGAUGUAGAAAACAAAGUGAUGGUGAUUGUGAACCAGGCCACGGAUCACCCUUCCUACCCAGAGACUAACUCUUAUGUCAGAGUGCAUAGAUACUUCUCUAAGAUAGUCAUCAAACCACACACAACUUUUGAUGAGAAUGGAUUUGACUAUGUGAUGACCUAUUCUGAUGAUCCUAAGACAUCUCUCCCCAGUAUUACUUACAAUUGGAUGGCAAGCACAGGUGUACCAGAUUAUGUUGAUAAGCUCCACAGUGCUGCCAAACAACUGCAUGAGAAACCCUGGCUGAAACGUACAGGGAAGUUUUAUGAUGAGGAAAAUAAAACUGAAGUUCCAGCUUACCAAUAGAAAAGGGAGAUGAUUGUCUUUGAGGCGAGAACAAUGACGCAAAUGAAUUCAUGUGAUUUUUGUACAUCUUUAUUGGAACGUAGACCAAUGUUUGGAAUGCUUGUGCCAAAUUUUUAAAUUUUGACUCUUAUUGAAGACAAAACCAGCAUGUUUUCAAUGUUGAACACUAAACAGUUAAAGAUGAAGCUACUAGAUGAACCAAUAUCCCAAUUACAAUAUAUAAGUUCUCAUUAUAAACAAAUAGUUACCAUGAAAGGAAAAGAGAAGUGGAUAUUUCCAGUAUUCAACACUUAAACAACAAGAUGAACCGAGAUCUCAAUUAUAUAAGUACUCAGUCAUUAAUAUUAACUGUGUGAGGAACAGUUGUAGUUCCGAUGAACAUAUUACAAAUAAUGUCUACCAUAGGACAUUCAUAAAAGAACAUGCAUAUUUCCAAAAUGUGAAAACAUUUAUCAAAACCUCCAUUGCCAAAACAGUGUAUCUAUUUAUUUAUAGUUCAAAUUUUAUAUGAAAUCUUUGGCCAUUGAUUGAGUCACAUUUCCUCAUUCAUUUCAACAUAUCUGGUGAGCAUCAACAUUGUUAUUAUGACAUGCAGGUAUGUACAUUGGCAUGAAGAUGCUAUGCAAUGCUGUAUUUUUGUGGCCUAUAUCCCCACAUUUAAGUAUUAUGCUGCUUGCCUGCACAGUUUUCUUUAUCUCAUCUAGCAACAGUCUAGCAGUCUAGAAACAGUCAGAAAGAAGACAUGGUAACAGGUAUAGCCCAUAUCCAUUGAUGGAGCAACCCCUCCAUAAAGCCCCAUUAUUACCUGAGGCUAUGACCCCUGUACAAAUAUACAGUAAAUAGGGUGAGGGAAAACCUUGUAUCUGGUCAUUAUAUAUGGCAAAAACUUACACAGACAAUAAUAAAAAUUUCCAAACAAAGAAGGCCUCAUGGCCAGGCAUUUCUAAUGUAUAAGCAUUAUUCUUUUCUAGUAUAUUGUAUGUACCGCAUUGUUUUGUCAUGUAAAGUGGCCUUUUGGUUCAGUCAUUUAUUAUUCUCUGUUAUGAUGUAUUAUGUCACCACUUGUGGUG